CUCCCUCCAUCUCUAUGGCCCUUCUCAGCCCUGGUUUAAGUGCCUCCCUCCCCUCGUGACCCUGACGCGAGCGUGCCACUCCUGUGACGCCAGCGGAAGAAGAGAGAAGAGGAAAUAACAAGGAGCCAGAGGGAGGUUGCGGGUUUCUGCUGUUGGUUGCAGGCCGACCCAUAUAUCCGCCACCAUGGAUCUGCUCUUUGGACGCCGGAAGACUCCGGAAGAGUUGCUCCGGCAGAAUCAGCGCGCGCUAAACCGCGCCAUGCGAGAGCUGGACCGUGAGCGCCAGAAGCUGGAAACCCAGGAGAAGAAAAUCAUUGCUGACAUCAAGAAGAUGGCGAAGCAGGGGCAGAUGGAUGCAGUAAAGAUCAUGGCUAAAGAUCUGGUGCGGACGAGGCGUUACGUCAAGAAAUUCAUCAUGAUGAGGGCAAACAUUCAGGCAGUGUCUCUCAAAAUACAGACUUUGAAAUCAAACAAUUCUAUGGCUCAGGCAAUGAAAGGCGUCACCAAAGCCAUGGCUACCAUGAACCGACAGCUGAAGCUACCCCAGAUCCAGAAGAUCAUGAUGGAGUUUGAGAAGCAGUCGGAAAUCAUGGACAUGAAGGAGGAGAUGAUGAACGAUGCCAUUGAUGAUGCCAUGGGGGACGAGGAGGAUGAGGAGGAAAGCGAUGCGGUGGUCUCUCAGGUGCUGGACGAACUGGGUCUGACCUUGACGGAUGAGCUGUCCAACCUGCCUUCAACCGGUGGCUCGUUGAGCGUGGCCGGCGGCAAGAAGGCCGAGGCCUCGGCAGCACUCGCCGACGCGGAUGCCGACUUGGAGGAGCGGUUAAAGAACUUGCGGCGGGACUAGCGGGCACAGAGCCGGGCUCCUUCCCUUCCAUGCUGCGGUGUGGCUCUCAACCCUCCCAUGUCGCACCCUCUUGUGUGGCAGGUCACAGAGCCCCUCCGGCUUCUGGGAUGGCUACGAGGGAGUCAAAGGUGCCAGGACGUCUGUAGUGCUUUUAUGUUCCCUCUUCUUCCUUUUUCAAAAGAACUUUUAAAUGCCACCCGGUGAAGCUGUGGGGCAGUGGUUCCUUCCCCCCCCCCCCCCGGUGUAAAUUGCUAAAUGCCUCCAUUGCACGUGCCUGGGUGGUUUGGAGGCUCCAAUGCGCCCUCUUCUGAAAAAGAGGGUGUGGGUCACAGAACCCUUCACUACCCCCUAUCCAGUUCCCGAAGCUCUGUUUUUGGUGGUGGGGAAGGGGAGCUACAGGCAGCACCUUGGCCAAGACCUCCUGCCUGCUGGGAGGCUGCGGGAGGUUUUCCAGCACUUUUCCUGGGCUAAAGCUUUAUAUACAGUUUCCCCACCCCCACCCCACCCCCGGGGAGACAGGUGGGCCUUGCUGUUGCCGUCUCUUGUAAUAAAGGUUGUAGAUUUGUA